AUGAGUUGGAUUCCGCACUUGGUAGCGGAGUUAGGUAUGUCUUUUGGAAUCUCUUUAUCGCAAUUGAUAGUGGAUAAUCCUGAACCGUUAUUGAGUGGAAUUUCUGAAUUAGAUGAAUCGCUAAAUGUUGGAUUCCAAUCUCGUUCCAUCUACGAAAUUUAUGGACCACCUGGUAUCGGGAAGACCAAAUUUGGUAUUCAGUUAGUUAAUAAUGGACUUUCUAGAAACUCAGGGCAAGAUCAUGUGCUAUGGAUAGAAACGCAUCGAUGUAUACCCUGGAAUCUUGUAAAGAACGAAGAAGAAGAAGAAGAAGAAGACAAGAUAAAACGAUUCAGUAAAGUACGACUUAAUAAAUUUACCCAAUUAUUGAUUUUUUUCCAAAAUUUACUAAAAGAGGAGAGGGACCCGUAUCAACUUAUAAUAAUUGAUGGAUUUUCUCAAACGAUUUGUGAUCAUAUUCAGAUAUUGCGAAAUCGAGGUAUGGAUGAGAAACAGAUUCAUAAUGUUAAAUGCAAUCAUUUGAUACUACUUUUCACAUGGAUGACGAAAUACACACACUCGAAGAGAUCCACGAUCAUUCUACUUGAUGAUUGUAUGAAUACAUCAUAUCAACAAUUAGAUUUGCAUUCAUUUGAAGACGAUUUUGAGAUGGUGGAUGACGGAUCCAAUUUUUUUGUUAGAUCGACCAUGUCUAAUAAUAAUAAUAACAACAAUAAUGGAUCUACAGCGACUUCAUUUUCCUCCUCCCCUCCAUCUGCAAGUUCUAGGGACCGCGCAUUUGGCGGGAGAGGAAGACGUCGAAAUAUUCAAGUGUUAAAGAGUGCAUUAGUAGCGAAUUCAGCGAUGGGUGCGAAGGAUUUCAAGUGGGAGAUAUUCCUAAAAUGUCGCAUUGGGUUCUUUUGGAAUUGGAAGGAAGAGACAUUACGGGCGGACAACUUUAGCAAGACGCACAGGAGGCAGUUUGACAGAUGCCGCUUAGCCAUAGUAUUUGACCCACAUGACGAAAGGGCGAAAACACUGAGUGAUUCGAGAGAACGAGGGAGAAAAAGGGGUAUUGACCAAGUUGACAUGCAGAACAAGAUCAUAAAGUUCGACUACAACACCGAAGAAGGGGUCUUUGAGUCGGUGAAUAAUGCCAGUGUCCCGCUACUUUUGUCGUUCAAGCGGCCGUCUGCGAUGACUUCGACACCCACAAUGGAGAGCACCUCGCAAUGUUCCAGCACGGUCCAACACAUUCCAGACGAUCAGGCGACAACAGCAAUGGAAUGGGAAAUGGACGAAAUCGUCCAUGACAGCGAGGAAGAAUGA